AGUUAGUCUAACAGUUUCAUCCUUAGAUUUAUUACCUUCAUGCAAGGACACACCCGAACAAGAAAACGAAGAGGUAGGUUGGAUUAUGGCAUAUUGUAUUUUCGUUGCCACAGAAGAACCGCAGCUAAUAUCUACUUUUUUUCUUUUUUUAUAGUAAUACUUGCAGCCUUAAUUGUAGACGAAGAAAAUCCGAUGUGAUAUAGCGAUAUUCCAAUCGUCAUCCUGCUCACGUUGUGUGCGAAUGGGACUUUCCUGCGUAGUAGCACGUAGUAGGCAGCGCGAAGAAUCACCAAAGGAAACAUCGGCCUCGACAGCAAUCCCGCCACGCAACCCAAUUUUUUCUAGCUCAGGCAGGAAACCUAGGAGUAAACGAGGAUCUAUGGUACUCCAGGAACGAGAUGCUAAUGCAAGGAGCGAUACGCAAUCAAUCGGAUCUCGACAGUCUCAUAAAUCCUUCAUGUCGAACAUAUCAAUUGGGUCGAUAAAGUCCGCUAUCUCACGCCGUUCCGUCUGUUCAGUGAAGUCCAUUACAUCUCAAAGAUCUCGAAAGUCACUAAAAUCUCUCGCAUCAUGGAAAUCGAGUAGGUCCUUUCAAUCACUUGGGACCUACGACAGUAGUGGCUCGAGUCAUGGUGGACGUAGCCAGAGCGCAUAUGGACAAUCAACCCAAGCAAUUCAUGAUUGGGAUGAUGGAUGGAAAUCCUCUCAGUUCCCAGAGCCGCAACCUGUAUACACACAUCUCUCCCUAAUAUGUGGCAGACCAGACCAGUUCCAUGGUACAGAGACUAUUGAACCACCUUUUACUAAACUGCCCAUUAAGUAUACCGUAGAUAUACCACGCAUGAAAGCAGUUCCGAGAGCUGCCGAAACUGGGAAUGGCCAGCUUAUAGACUUUCUAUUGUCCUCUUCUUUAGCGGACGCGGACCAACCCCCAAUUCCCGGGGGAACUGUGGCAUCCUCUACGCCUAUGCUGGCCGCCAUAGGUCGAGAGAACAUCAAAGUUAUCGAGGUCCUCUUGAAACAGAAGAAUUUCAACCCCACACGUCAAUUCUGGGGGCUAACCUAUUAUGAAAUUGCUGAAAAACGUCGCGGGUCAGUCUGGGAAAAUGAAGUACGCCUUCUGAAACAAGCUUUCAACUAUGCAUACGAGCAUCAGAACAGAAAGGCAACAAUACAGAGCAAGUGAUAUCAAAAAUAGUAGCUAAUCGCUCAUGUUUAAGUCCUCUGAGUAUGUCGGGGGAGAACAUUAAUGAUAGCUCACAGGCUUAUCUUCACGACUGCACAUGGUGUCGAUAUUCUUUUAGCCACGAGGACCAGCUAA